UAAAUCCGAACCAAAACGCAUUAAAAGAACAGAACGAAAGGUCGCAUCUUUCCUCACAGUGCCACGCUGCCACCACCACAGCAGCUAUUUGGAGUCUCUUGUGCUCUGUCUCAGGCGAAGCUUGCAUGUCUGAAAAGGUAAAAGAAAGACAAUGUUUCUCAAAACUGAGUUGCAGGGGAAUGUUGUAAUCCCUGCUGAAAGCUUGGAUGCAAAGGGAUUGAUGCUCCAAAAGGCAAUUUUUGUUCGGCUGCUGGAUGAUUUUGCAAAGAGAAAGGCUACCAAAGACCUCGGAUACCUUCUUGCUCUUAAAACUGUGGAAAAAAUAGGAGAAGGAAAAGUCAGGCAGCAUACUGGGGAUGUGCUUUUUCCAGUUACAUUUAGUGCCAUCUCCUUUAAGCUUUUCAGAGGAGAGAUAUUAGAGGGAGUGGUGCACAAGGUGCUCAAGCAGGGAGUUAUGUUGAGAUGCGGUCCAAUUGAGAAUGUAUAUCUCUCUUCUUCAAAAAUGCCUGAUUUCAACUAUGUUCCAGGGGAGAAUCCUGUCUUCUAUAAUAAUGUGUCUAAGAUUGAAAAAGGUGUCACGCUACGUGUCAUUGUCAUUGGAGCCAAGUGGCUUGAGGCAGAAAGGGAAUUUCAGGCAUUAGUUGGCUUACAUGCUGAUUAUCUAGGACCAGUUCCUUAGUGUGAUUCCCUUUUACUUGUGACCUGGAAGGAUGCUUUGUUUCAAACCGAGUUAACAAAUGUGGCUUGGAUUACUCGUAUUAAGUCAUCUUGUUGGCCUUAA